AUGACACAGCAUCGUUAUUCAUUGAAUGCUCUUCUAAGCCAACAAAAACCAAAUCAUCCAUUGUUGGAUACAGCAAGAACAAUCUUUCCAAGAGCGGAUGCAUCUGAUCGACGUGUUCAGUCACCGCAUGGUUUCAAAACAGUGAUGCCGCAAUAUUCGAAUAUUUCCAAUCAAAAAUUAAAAGAAAUGUUAUCAAAUAUCAACGAACAUAGUCAUAAAAUCGUUUGCAGUUUAGAUACAAACGAGAAACUGCAAUCGGUUCGAAACAUGAUGCAUCUAAUUAGCACAUCCUAUUACAUCUUGUUGCAAAAAGAUGCAUGGCAGGAUCUUCAUGAUUUUGGAACAAAAAAUGGUACAUGGUCGAUGAAAAUAUCAAAAAGUAUUGCCAGAGAUCACUGUACAUGUCAAAUGAUUACUCCGCCAAAGCGUUUGAUUGAACAACGUCAAAAAAUGAUUCAACGUCAAAUGUCCAAGACCGGUAUGGAAUUACAGAAGCAUUUUCUCGACUUGUUAACGUGGACGCAACAAUGUUCACCUCCAAUCGAUGUCCAUCAAAUAUCAGAAAUUAUGGAUCAAUGUGUUGAAAACGGUCUGCGUCGAUUGAAAGAUAAAUUCAAUUAUAAAAAGACCAUGUUACAACACAAUUAUGAUGACCAGCAAGCCAUUACAAAAUUUUAUUCGUUACAUCCUACUAAAGAGCAAAUUCAUCUAGCGAAAAAAAUAUGGCAAUCGGUAGCUGCUGAGUUCAAAGUGAAAGAACGACAAGAGAUCCUACGAAAACGUAUUUCAUUACAUCGUCUACCAUCGUCAAUAGAUAGAUCAGUUGAUCAAGCUGUAGACGACAUUAAAGAGAUGCUUGAAUCUUCAGUCAUCGAUGAUGACGAGUGUGCCAAUUUAGCAUCACGAUGUUCGAAAACCAUUACACAAUUUAAAUGUGAUAUAAUGGUGUUAACACUAGCCACAAUGGACAAUACUAUUCGUGGUCAUAUAAAGAAGGUAGCAGAAUUGAGACAAAAAUUUCUGUCCGAUCACCAACAUAGAUCACAAUUGGUCGCCAAAGAAUUAUAUGACGUAAUUGAAGAACGGAUACAAACGUUGCGAACACGUUUGAAUACCAUGCUUCAAAAUAAAUUGAAGUCUUUUUUCGACGUGGCUCCGACGACACCCAACGAAUAA